AUGAUGCUUUACAAGUUAGUAGUUCUUGGUGAUGGUGGCGUAGGAAAGACUGCUUUAACAAUUCAAUUAUGCCUUAAUCACUUUGUUGAGACAUAUGAUCCUACAAUUGAAGAUUCAUAUCGUAAACAAGUCGUUAUUGAUGAUCAACCUUGUGUACUUGAAGUAUUAGAUACUGCAGGUCAAGAAGAAUAUACAGCAUUAAGAGAUCAAUGGAUUCGAGAUGGUGAGGGCUUCUUAUUAGUUUAUUCAAUCGCUUCCCGUUCUACUUUUGAACGUAUUGAACGCUUUCGUAACCAGAUAUUUAGAGUAAAAGAUGUCGAUAAUGUACCAAUGAUGUUAGUCGGCAAUAAAUGCGAUAAAGUGACAGAAAGAGAAGUGACUCGAGAAGAAGGUGCAGCAAUGGCUAAACAAUUAGCAUGUGAUUUUAUUGAAACCUCUGCAAAGACAUGUGUCAAUGUAGAAAGAUCAUUUUAUCAAGUUGUGAAAGCGAUUAGAGCUCAAAGAGAGGGUUUAAAUACGGGUGGUCCCAAGGGAAAGAAUAAGAAGAAAAAGAAGAAUAAAUGUUUUAUUUUGUAG